GUCACAUGACCUUGUGCUUCCACUGAGGGCUGCGGUUGUUUCCUGAAGUAAAUUUACUAGCUCGUUAGAAAAGUAUAUUUCUGCGCUGUUUACCCUGCAAUAAAGCCGUGUUUAUUUGAGUAUCUUCAGUAAAGUGGGAUAAAGUGCGGGUCAUGUCGCAGUGUGUGGCCUUACAGACGCGCUUAGCCUCCGUGCUGCAGGCUUUAAUUCACACAGUAGUGGCGGAAAUGUGCAGACUGCUCCAGGAAAGAUCCGAGUCCAUUUUAAACCUGCAGCUUUCUCCAGAACAAACUGAGAAACAGAAGUUAAAAGUGCUGAUCCAGACGCAAACUGAGCAGAAGAUGAAACAGUUUGCGUCAGUCAUGGAGGUCUUGGGAAACGAGGCUCUGGGUAAAAUCAUCAAGCUUGUAGACGAAGACAAGUUCCUGUUGGAUCUUGAGUGCAAAACGUUCUCUGGGAAAAGAGCAAAACGUCCAGGAAGCAUUCUGAACAUUCUGUCAGCCGGAGGGCCGGAAGAGGAACAUUCCUAUGACGGCCAUGGGAGAAACUCUGAGGCACGAGCAGGACAUGAGGUUGCAGAUACAGUGGAGUCUCAGCGUCCUGAAUCUCCUCUCACGCUUGCUGUGACGAUUAAAGAUGAGUUUGGAAACAUCAACCUGAAGUCCAUCAUCACAGAUCACCUGGACGUGGCGUCAGAGGAAGUGACGACACAAGCAGAGGGCACUCAGGAAGCUGGUAACUUUGGGGGAAAUUCUUUGAUUUGUGUCAAGUGUAGGAGAACGUUUCUGUCCUUGAGCGACCUCCGGUCCCACCAGCAGAGUCACAGUGGGGAGAAACUGUUCAACUGCAUGCUCUGUGGAAAAGCCUUCGCUCACAAGCAGAGCCUGGCAGAUCACCAUCGUGUUCACACGGCGGAAAAAUCGUUCAGCUGCAAAGAGUGCGGAAAGUGCUUCGGGAAGGCCGCGCACCUCCGGACACACGCCACCGUCCACAGCGGAGAAAAGCCCUUCGGCUGUGACGUAUGCGGCAAGAAGUUCAGCAUCUCGCAGAACCUGACCCGGCACCAGCACACACACACGGGCCAGAAGAACUUCCCUUGUUCGGUGUGCGGCAAGAGCUUCACCCGGGCGAAAACGCUGAUCACGCACCAGCUCAUCCACACGGGACAGAAACCGCACUCCUGCACGGAAUGUGGACGAGCCUUCAGACACCUGGUGAACCUGCGCAACCACGAGCGCAUUCACACGGACUUGCGGCCGUACUCCUGCGACCUGUGCGGGAAGACGUUCCGCCACACGGUCAACCUGAAGAUCCAUAAACGCAUUCACACCGGGGAGAAGCCGUUCACCUGCAAGGAGUGUGGCAAGAGCUUCAGCCAGCAGAGCAGCCUCAUGUCUCACAGCCGCACGCAUUCGGACCUCAAACCGUUCGGCUGUAGCUACUGCAGCAAGCGCUUCAACAACACCAACAGUCUGAAGCUGCACGAGCGCACUCACACGGGCGAGAAGCCGUACAGGUGCGAGUUCUGCGGGAAAUGCUUCAGUCAGGGCAGUCACCUCCGCACACACAAGCGCCACAUCCAUGGAGGAGGCAAACAGUACAUCUGUGACAAGUGCGGAAAGCGCUACUCUGACCCACGCAAUCUUAAAAUGCACAAGUGUGUGUACGCUUCAGCGUAGUCCGUGUCAUCAGUUCUACACAGGUUAAAAAAAAAAAAAAAGCUGAUUGUUGCUGUUUUGGGUUCAUUUCCACCAGGACGUGGUGUUAUAUAUUGCACUAAUGCUGCAUAUUAUUUAUAUGAAUAAUAUUUUGGCUGGCUGCAAAUACGUGUAUAUAAUAUUUCAGAGUUGUAUUCAAUACAGUGUCUUGCAAAAGUAUUCAUCCCCCUUGGUGUUUUGUCCUGUCUUGUCGCAUUACAAGCUGGAAUUAAAAUGGAUUUUUGGCAGCUUAGCACCAUUUGAUUUGCACAACAUGAGUACAACUUUAAAGGUGCAAUUUU